CAGUUGCAAGUCCGGGUAAAGCAGCCAUUUUGUGGUGUCGUGGAAGAAUAAAAUAUUCCUCGACCAAUUUUGUCUAUUUUACAUGGGAGUAUAACUUUUUGUUGUGAUUGAUAGAUUUUUCAAGUUUUAUGUAUUAGUUUUACGCGAACUUUAAUAAAUUUAUAUUUGAAAUGGAGCAAGACGUGGACACAAAUUAUAGGACGCUAUGUUGUACUUGCCUGAGUACAGAUCGAAAUGUGACUUCUAUAAAUGGUUUAACAAAUAUUUACCAAAUAUUUAGAUUGAUUAUGUACGAUUAUGUCGGCGAUCGGUAUGGUGAUUCCAUAAUAGAGUUGGACCAGCUGAUAUGCUGGGAGUGCCUGGCCAUCAUGAAUAAGUUCAGCAAGUUCAAACGGCAGGUGCAUAACGCACAGGAACAUCUCCGGGUCUUGGCCAUGAGCCAAACGCAAGAGACUAUGGAUCACACAUACAUAUCACAAUCCCUGUCUUCUCUCGAAUGUAUAAUGAAAACUAAUUAUGACAAAGUGAUAAUGGACUGCACAGAUGACGUCAAGACAACAGAGUGGCCCCAACACUAUAUAACUAUAAGUACAACACAGAAUGUCAAGAAUGAGGGUUAUGACGUAGCCCAGGCUUUGAGGGACCAUAUCAGCUUGGGUAUUGAGGAUCAUGUGAUGGAAGUGCCUGAAAUAGUGUUAGGGGACACUGUGCCUACAAUGUUGUCUCAAAUAGUCUCCACCAGCGAUUCUGGCUCGCUAGUGAGUGCCGCGGAGACUUACACUGCUCAGCCGGUCAAAGGGGAAAUGCCUGAACUGAUCAUAGACUCCACAUUUGUUGGUGAGACGGUGAUAAUAACGCAGAAGGCCAGCGCUGAAGCGGCGCAGCAGAGGCAGAGUAAGGCGGAAAUGAAGUUAGGAUACACCACAGAGUAUAUGACUGAGGCUGACAUGCUGGCUGUUAGGGAAGAAGACAAGAAGAAGGUGCACUACGUGAGCCUGGUGUACAAGUGUGAGCUGUGCAUCAUAGGGUUCUACACGCAGGCGCUGGUGGAGGAGCACUUCCUCACACUGCACCGAGAGAAACCCGGGUACCAGCCCUGCAGGAUAUGCUACGUAUACGUGGAGGAGGAGCGGCUGAUCGCGCACACGGACAGCCACUACAUACGCUACGUGUGCAAACUGUGCAACGGUACCGAGUACAGCGUCAAACUGAUCGAGCAGCACGUGCGCGCGCACCUCAGCCGGCCCAAGCCCAGCGCGCUCAUACAGAUCGGCGACCGGCCGGCGAGCGACAAGAUGCGUAGAAAAAAGUUGGGCAAAAUUAAAGAGGAGCCCAAAGAGCCGACGAAACCUUCGGAUCUGCGGAAGCUUUUGUCGAAAACUACCAUUGUGGGUUACAAGUGUUUGGAGUGUGACAUGUUUUUCAAGACGUCCCGAGCCCGUAAGAACCACGUGGCUCGCGUGCACAGAGAGGGCUUGCAGUGCGAUCUCUGUAAGAAGAGAUUCGUGAACAGAACUACCCUCACCACACAUCUCCGAUUGCACGACGGCCCCCUACCAAGGGAAGAGUGUCCCGUAUGCCACAAGAUGGUGCGCUCCAUACAGAUAAAGUACCACAUACAACGGCACGAGAACACCAGCCGAUACGAGUGCAAGGAGUGCGACAAGAUGUUCUCCCAUCUCGCGACGUACCAGGCGCAUCUCAAGUACUCGCGUCCGCACGCGUCCGACCAGGUGUUCAAAUUCCCUUGCCCAAUGUGCAACAAGGGCUACCCGACCAAGGAGGCCAUGCAAGACCACUUCAACUACCAGCACCUCGGCAAGACCACCCACAAAUGUCCAAUUUGCAGCAAGCCCAUCGCUUCACGAGCCAACGUGGACAAACACAUGAUGAGAGUGCAUGGAGAGAAGAAGGCUAAGCCGAGGAACCAUGUCUGCCAACACUGCGGCAAGGCCUUUACUGACAAGAAAGCGCUGAGCCAGCACUGCGUCAUCCACUCGGGCGACCGGCCGCUGUGCUGCGACAUAUGUCAGCAGACGUUCAAGCAGAAGGCCUCGCUGUACACGCACCGCAAGCGCGUGCACAAGGUGUUCCCCGCCAAGAGACACGUUGAAUUCAUGGAGAGCAAGGCCGACCUGUAGUCGCGCGAGCGACAGCAGUCGCUAGUGCGACUAGUUGGGAAAAAUCGCGCGACUGUAGUACUAGUGUCACUCGUUGGGAAUAGUCGUGCGAAUCUGUGGAAAAGUCGCGCGACUUUAGUCGCUUGUGCGACUUAUUGGGAAAAAAUCGUCUUAAAAGUCGUCGAAUAGCGUGACAAAAUUCUUUUUAUAAGACCUAAGAGUCAGCACUGCGUCAUCCACUCGAGCGACCGACCGCUGUGCUGCGACAUAUGUCAACAGACGUUCAAGCAGAAGGCCUCGCUGUACACGCAUCGCAAGCGCGUGCACAAAAUGUUCCCCGCCAAGAGACACGUCGAGUUCAUGGAGAGAAAGGCCGACCUGAAGUCGCGCGAGCGACUGCAGUCGCUAGUGCGACUAGUUGAGAAAAGUCGCGCGACUGUAGCACUAGUGUCACUCGUUGGGAAUAGUCGUGCGACUCAUUGGGAUAAAAUCGUGUAUAGAGUUGCUAAUUAAGUGGGACAAAUCGUGACGUUCAUGGAGAGGAAGGUCGACCUUUAGUCGCGCGAGCGACAACUUGGGAAAAGUUGCGCGACUGUAGCAACUAGUGUCACGCGUUAAGAAUAGUCGUGAGAGUCGUUGGAAAAGUCGCGCGACUUUAGUCGCUUGUUCGACUUAAUGGGAAAAAAUCGUGUAUGAAGUUGCUAAUUGAGUGGGACAAAUAGCGACGUUCAUGGAGACCAAGGCCGAGUUGGGAAAAUUCGCGCGACUGCAGUAGCUAGUGCUUCGUAGGGAAAAUUCGCGUAAGUGAGACUGACUGUGGUAUUCGCGCGACUAUCGCUAGUGCGACAAGUUGAAAAAAGUCGCGCGGCUGUAGACUGUGUGACUUUGAAAAUAGUCGCUAGAGCGCAUCAUUGGGAAAAAAUCUCGAAUAAAAUCGUUUAGUUAGUGGGGAAAAUCGCUUAUAACGACGUGGAAUCGCGCGGCAGAGGUCGUCAAAACACGUUUAGAGUCAGCAUUGCAUCAUCAACAACAAAUCGACAAUUUGGGAAAAAGUCUUAACAAAUUAAUAAUGGCAUGAUAAUGCAGUAGUAUGUUGAACAUAAAACCGUUUACUUGGUUAAAUACUGGAAAAACCGUUUAUUCAUACCUGCAAGACAAUAUAAUUUUUUUUUUUUUUUAAUUUAUUUUAUAACACAAAAAAGUAAAAAGAAAAACAGUGGACAAGGAAACACUUAUCUCUACAGGAAGAAAAUUUUUUUAGUGCGGAUAUUUUUAUAUUUUGUACAUAAACAAAAUUUAAUGAUCACGUAUUUUUUCUUUUUUUUUUUAACUCAAAAAUAACAAAAUUAUCGUUAGCUAAAGUUAUUUACUUUUGAACAGAAUUUUAGGGUCACCCUAUUGUGCGUUUAUUUUAUUUUCGUUUGAUACCUAAAGGACGUCACCAGAUCACUUUUAAGCUGAAUAUAUCUUGUUUAGUAAUAAUAUGUACAUUAUUUUGUUAUUUUAGAGACAUAAAUUAAAAAAAAAAUUACGUUAAAUGUAUCGAACUGUUUGUAGAUUUAUAUUCUAUUAAUGAUACAGAACCACGAAAAAAAAUAUCCGCACUAAAGACCGAAUCACCCUCUAUAAGAGAUCUCUGCCAGUGACCCUUGGCAGUGGGAGAGAUUUUAAACAAAAGAAAUGGAUAGGUACAACAGAAAAAAAAAGUGAGGAAACAUAUUAUACUAAUACAUAUAAUACAUAAAUAAUAAAGGUAAAACUAAUAAUACUGCCGAAUUAAAAAAAAAGAAUCCGACGAAUUGAUAACCUUCUCCUUUUUUUGAAGUCGGUUAAAAAUAUGUUGUAAUCAAGGUUAUACUCGAUUUUUAUUUUUAAUAAAUCGGAAAUAAUUUAAAGUAAUCGGGAAUACUUUUAACGUAUUUUUGUUGAUUAAUCUCUCUUAUUAACCGACUUUGAAAAAGGAGCUUCUCAAUUCAGCGCGUAUGUUUUUUUUUUUUAUUUUUUUUUAUUUAAAACUAAUUUUAAAUUUUUUGUUAGAAAAACAUUGGUCCAUUGUUUUUAUUUUCUUGAAAAUCGCUUUAGUAAUUUUGGUUAAAACCAAAAUAACUUAAUUCCCCGUGGUAAAUAAAGCGAAAAAACGUGCACCGUUUACACGAAUACAUCAAAAAAAAGUGUAUGCCGUGUAAACGUAGCCUACAGUAAUGCUUUUCAGUUGUGUGCAUUUUAAAAAAUUAAAUAUCACGUGUCUCAAACGGUGAAGGAAAACAUCGUGAGGAAACCUGCAUACCAGAGAAUCUUCUUUAUUCCCUGCGUGUGUGAAGUCUGCCAAUCCGCAUUGGGCCAGCGUGGUGGACUAUUGGCCUAACCUUUCUCAUUCUGACAGGAGACUCGUGCUCAACAGUGAGCCAAAUAUGGGUUGUUGAUGAUGAACGUUGCCUAACUCUUUACACUUUAUGGAAUUAGAUAUUAAUAUUACGAAUAAUUUAUAAUAAUGAGAUUGGUGAAAAUUAUAAAAGAAAGUCCAAUUAGGAUAUGCUACUUUAUUAAUAUAAAUCAAUGUAAAAAGUAUUAGUUAUAUUAUAUACAUAGAAAUGAAUUAAUUGUUAUGUUAUUGUAUAACCUAUGAAUUAAAAUUAAAAUAAGUUUUUACAGUA